UGCCAAAUUUAUUUAUUUUUUUCGUUUUUCUUUAUUUUUUUUUGGAUCCGUUGGCAGAUGAAGUAAAAAAAUUAUUGCUCGAUUUGAUUUUCGCGGUUGCCCAUUUUGUCGCUUAAAAAUUUUCCCGCCAAACCACGAAUUCUCUGCCUUUUGUGUAUAAAGUGUUGAAUUCUGCUCACUAUCUCUGCCGCUUAGAUUUCGUUCAGUUUUCAAUUUCUAGGGUUCUGUAUCAGCGUUUCUCCCCCAAUUCGCGAGGUUUGAAGCUGAACUCCCUGUUUAGGAAACCAUGAGCGCCGUCAACUUGAAAGAUGUCACCGUUUUGGGCAAUCCGGCUCCAUUCGUCGAUCCCUUCCAAUUCGAGAUUUCGUACGAAUGUUUAACUCCCCUCGAAGACGAUCUGGAGUGGAAACUCAUCUAUGUUGGAUCAGCUGAGGAUGAAACAUACGACCAAGUACUAGAAAGCGUGCUUGUCGGGCCUGUUAAUGUUGGCAACUACCGUUUUGUUUUUCAGGCUGAUCCACCAGACCCAUCAAAAAUUCAAGAGGAAGAUAUUAUUGGAGUCACCGUGCUACUCCUGACUUGCUCGUAUCAGGGCCAAGAAUUUGUUCGAGUAGGAUAUUAUGUCAACAAUGACUACGAGGAUGAGCAGCUAAAAGCAGAGCCUCCUCAGAAGGUUCUUAUCGAUAAGGUCCAAAGAAACAUCUUGGCUGAUAAACCUCGAGUUACAAAGUUCCCAAUUAAUUUCUGUCCAGAGAAGAACGAAAAUGAAGAACAGCAGCCUUGUGCUUCACCAGAGGCCAGCAAGCAGGGAGACGAGCCGCUAUCCAACCAGUCUUCAAUUGAGUGUUCCUGAAGCCAGUCAGACACAUCAAGGUCACAGUUCUCAUCUCUUGAAUGCUUGCAAUGAAACUGUGUCGUAUGAGCAUUCAGAAAUCGAAGUUUCUGCCAUAGGAGCGCCUGUUUUACAUGCCUCUACUGUGCAAAUCACAAGAAACAUGUUUUAUUCUGUAGAAGAAGUGAGGUAGAUUGAAUCUGUUUUGAAACAGCUUGUCUAUAGUGAAGAACAAGCGCUACCUGUAACUUUUUUUGGUGUUGUUAAUUGUUAUGGAGAAAUACUAAUGAAUACCUUUGUUAUUCCCGCAA